GUAAGUAAUACACAUGGUAAUACAUCAUUACCUAAUGUAUUACCGUAUUACCGGUACCGGCAACCAACUCAUUGACCGGUAGUUCCGCCCACUUAAUUGCUUAACCAAUAAAAGCCAACUACCGGUACCGGCUACGGAAGAACUCACCGGUACCGGCUACCUAUCCACAGUAUCCACUGCCUUUCCAUAAAUAUUAAAUAAACGUACAUUUUGUAUUGUAUUGUAGUAUUGCUUGUGAUUUUAUUAUUAUUCGCUUUUUCGCUUGGCUUUUCUAAACUAUCUAAACAUAGUAUUAAAAUGAAUACAAUAAAAUUGGAUAUAAUGGAAAUAAAACAAGAAACUAGUGAAAUUCAAUGUAAAACAGAAGUAUGUGAUGACUUUAAUGAUGGUCUAUUAUUGGAUAACAUUAAAAUGGAGAUAAAGGAGGAACCUAAGAUAGAAAAUACAAAUGAUACAUUUGAUUGUGUAGACGUAAAAGAAUAUCCUAUAAAAACUGAUACAGAACAAGAUGAAGAUAAACUUGGAACGUCUCAUGAGGAACAAACAAAAGAAGAUGAUGACUGUCCCAUGACAAGCUUUUUAAAACAAUUGUCACAAGAAUCUUCUAGAAGUAAUGCAGUGGGUGAUUGGGAACCACAGGAAACAGAAAUUUUACAUUCUGAAGUUUUCUCGCCUACUUCCGGAAACCGAUUGUUAAAAGAUUUGGAUUACCCUGCUUCAUUAUCUGACAAUUAUGAACCCUUGUCAAGUGAUUCAGAAACAGGCAAUGUUACUUCAGAAAGUAAAUCAGAUCACGAUAAACAAAACUAUUCUUAUCAAAUAACUGAAGACACCGAGCAGAAGGAAACUUCUAAAAGAAAGGUAAAACAGGAGGGGACAUGGAAAAGAAAUAUUCGGAAAGCUAAAAGAGUGAAAGGGGAAUCAUACACUACAUAUCGCGGAAUUGUAAAACCUCCACGGCCUCUCUUACCAGCUCCAUGUCUGGCAAAACCAAAACAUAAAUGCAAAGAGUUGGUUAAUGAGCAGGACCGAGAAAAAAUAUAUAGGGAAUUUAGUGGUUUAAGUUGUUCUGAUGAGCAGAGACAGUUUUUGUGUAGUCACAUAGAACAGAAUCCAAAAAAACGCACUACGCGAAAUCUAGAACAAUCGCGAAAAACCUUCACUUGCAGUUACUACUUUACAGUUAAUGGUACGAAGUGCGUUGUUUGCAGAGAAUUUUUUAUGGCUACGCUAAAUGUAACCGAUGCUUUUAUGAGAAGUUCCAUUAAAACCCGCUAUAGCAACGGAGUACUUGAAAAGGAUAGACGCGGGAAUCAUACACCAUCAAACAAGUUAUCCGAAAAAGCUGAACAAAGCAUACGUAACCGAUUGUUAGGAGAUUUGGAUUACCCUGCUUCAUUAUCUGACAAUUAUGCACCCUUGUCAAGUGAUUCAGAAACAGACAAUGGUACUUCAGAGAGUAAUUCAGAUCAAAAUAAACAAAACUGUUCUUAUCAAAUAAUUGAAGGGCCCGAGCAAAAGGAAACUUCUAAAAGAAAGGUAAAACAGGAGGGGACAUGGAAAAGAAAUAUUCGGAAAGCUAAAAGAGUGAAAGGGGAAUCAUACACUACGUAUCGCGGAAUUGUAAAACCUCCGCGGCCUCUCUUACCAACUCCAUGUCUAGCAAAACCAAAACAUAAAUGUAAAGAUUUGGUUAAUGAGCAGGACCGAGAAAAAAUAUAUAGAGAAUUUAGUGGUUUAAAUUGUUCUGAUGAGCAGAGACAGUUUUUGUGCAGUCACAUAGAACAGAAUCCAAAAAAACGCACUACGCGAAAUCUGAAACAAUCACGAAAAACCUUCACUUGCAGUUACUACUUUACAGUUAAUGGUACGAAGUGCGUUGUUUGCAGAGAAUUUUUUAUGGCUACGCUAAAUGUAACCGAUGCUUUUAUGAGAAGUUCCAUUAAAACCCGCUCUAGCAGCGAAGUACUUGAAAAGGAAAGACGCGGGAAUCAUACACCAAACAAGUUAUCCGAAAAAGUUGAGCAAAGCAUACGUAACCGAUUGUUAGGAGAUUUGGAUUACCCUGCUUCAUUAUCUGACAAUUAUGAACCCUUGUCAAGUGAUUCAGAAACAGACAAUGGUACUUCAGAGAGUAGUUCAGAUCACAAUAAACAAAACUGUUCUUAUCAAAUAAUUGAAGGGACCGAGCAAAAGGAAACUUCUAAAAGAAAGGUAAAACAGGAAGGGGCAUGGAAAAGAAAUAUUCGGAAAGCUAAAAGAGUGAAAGGAGAAUCAUACACUACAUAUGGCGGAAUUGUAAAACCUCCACGGCCUCUCUUACCAGCUCCAUGUCUGGCAAAACCAAAACAUAAAUGCAAAGAGUUGGUUAAUGAGCAGGACCGAGAAAAAAUAUAUAGAGAAUUUCGUGGUUUAAGUUGUUCUGAUGAACAGAGACAGUUUUUGUGCAGUCACAUAGAGCAGAAUCCAAAAAAACGCACUACGCGAAAUAUAGAACAAUCACGAAAAACCUUCACCUGCAGUUACUACUUUACAGUCAAUGGUACGAAGUGCGUUGUUUGCAGAGAAUUUUUUAUGGCUACCCUAAAUGUAACCGAUGCUUUUAUGAGAAGUUCCAUUAAAAAUCGAUCUAGCAACGGAGUACUUGAAAAGGAUAGACCAGGGAAACGUACACCUUCAAACAAGAUAUCCGAAAAAGUUGAACAAAGUAUACGUGACCACAUUUUGUCUUUUCCGUCAGUCGAGAUACAUUACUGUGGCGAGGAAAGUAGAAAAAAAUACCUAAGUGCAUCUUUAAAUAUCUCCAUUAUGUAUAGACUGUACAAAGAUAUCUGCAAUUCCAAAAAUGCAAGACUAGUAGGGUUCGAGAAAUAUAGGCAAAUAUUCAAGGAAUACGACUUGGAGUUUUUUAGACCCAAAAAAGACCAAUGCAAAAAAUGCUAACUAAAAACGUUUGUCAAGAAAAAAGAAAAGCAAAUGAAUUAGAAUACAACAGGCAUUAGGAAAGAAAGGAGGCCAUCAACAGCUCGCGACUAUGACAAAUCCAGGUAGUGCUGUUGAAUACACCAAAAGGGCCAGCAGGACACAUUUUUUACUUAAGAAAGCUGACUAUGUAUCACUUUACAUCAGCCAUCCAUCUUUAAGAACAAUCGACCAUUAGUUCUUUAAAGGCCGCGUCUCACCAUCAAAUAAUUUGAUCAAACAGUUUAAGCAAACUCCGGAAGUACGUCAAAGUGACGUCACAAUUGCAGUUUUUUUGAAAUUCUAAAAAUCUGUGCUCUCACUAUCAGUCUAGUUUGAUCAAAUUUUUUGGAUUGAAUUGUCUAACUUGUUUGUACUUUUUUUUUAAAUUAAAAUUUUUCAUUAUUAUCCACAAUGAACACUCAGGAUGUGACGUCACUAACUGUCACUUUCAGUUUGCUCAAACCAGUUUGAUCAAAUUAUUUGAUGGUGGGACGCGGCCUUAAGACUGACCAUACAGAAAUAGCAUGCGAUUCCAUACAUUCUACAAUUGAAAAAAAAGCAAAGUAUGUACCAGUUGAUACAUCUGAGGGAUGGGCCCUGACCAAACUAUCAUGGACGAUUGUUCGAGAUGGAAGCGAGUUAUGCAGUCAGCCAAGACCCAUCCCGGGUUGUAGUGCUACGAGAAGAAAGAACUUACUACCAAAAGCCAGGGUCGACCGAAAAAAAAUGUAGUGAGCAACACCUAUACAAGCCCACCAAUACACCUAGAGAUAUUGACCAAUAGAAACCUACAAAAAUCAAAAUUUCAGCGAUUAUUUUUUAAUCCAAUCUACUUACAUUAUUAUAGUGGGAAUAAAUUUUAAGUAUUUU